CAAAAGGCCUUCGUGCGACCGUCAUUCAGUUACUGAAGGUAGACGCGACAAAUAAUGGAUUUUAUAUACAAAAAAAAAGUAUAUCCACGAAAUAUUGUCAUCUUUACUUGACUUAUAUAUUUUACAAUGAAAGUUAUAUACGUUCUUCAGUAAUCUCUCGUGUAUAAGAUUAAUUUUCUUUAAAACUAUAAAAAAAAAAAAAUGAGUGAAUAUUAUUUUAAAAUAUAAAAUUUUAAUGGAUUUUCUAAUUUUAUAAAACAAAAUUAUAAAAAAAAGUUUCAAAGUCAAAAUAAAAUUUUGAAAAUCCAAAUAAAAUUCAUAGAAAACGAACAUAAAUUUAAAAAAAAGAAACUCGAUUUAUAAAAUCUUUAUUGAAACGCAAAAAAAUUUUGAAAUUCAAUAAUGAAACGAGCCAAAUCAGAAGAUGACUUACAACCUUCAAAAUGGAAUGUUAUCCGUAAUUUACUGAGUAAAAAUGGAUUAAAUCUGAAUACAUCUAAAAGUCAAGAUUUUGAAGAUCAUGCUACCAAAAGUAGAAAAAAAUUAAAAACUGAAGAAUCUGAGGAAUCAAUAAAUCUCUAUCCGAAUUGUGAUGGCUCUAUUUGGACAAGAUCGUGUGAACACGAAAUCAUUAAACCAAUUUCGGGAAAAAUUACUGGAAAUAUUCCAAAAUGGUUAAAGGGAUCCUUAUUAAGAAAUGGACCUGGAUCAUUGAAAGUUGGUGAAUACACAUUUAAUCAUCUCUUUGAUAGUUCAGCUCUUCUACAUCGUUUUGCAAUUUCCGAUGGAAAAGUAACAUAUCAAAGCAGAUUCGUACAAACGGAAGUGUUUAAAAAAAAUCAAAGCGCCAAAAGAAUUGUUGUAACAGCUUUUGGUACAAAAUCAGUGCCAGAUCCUUGUAAAAGUAUUUUUCAAAGAAUUUCAGCAGCAUUUCAACCUGAAAAUAGUACUUCGGACAAUUCUAUGAUAUCGGUUUAUCCAUUUUGUGAUGAAUUUUAUACAUUUACAGAAAGUCCAAUUAUGCAUAGAAUAGAUCCAAAAACCCUUGAGACCUUAGGAAGGGUAGAUGUAUCGAAAUAUGUAUCGAUAGUUAAUCACACAUCUCACCCUCAUAUAAUGAAAGAUGGAACAGUUUACAAUGUUGGAAUAAAUAUUACCUCACGUGGUCCAGUUUAUACUGUUGUUUCAUUUUCACCCAGUAAAACUAUCAAAGAUGAAUUUGGAAAUGAAAAAAAAACUUCAAUGUUCGAUGAGGCAAAAAUUGAAGCAACUGUAGCAUCAAGAUGGCUUUUAAAUCCCGCUUAUAUGCAUACUUUUGGAAUUACGGACAAUUAUUUUAUUAUUGUUGAACAACCAUUGUCCGUGGCAUUAGUGUCAACAAUAAAAAAUCGUCUAAAAAAUGAACCAAUGCGCAGUUCAUUAAAAUGGCACAAUGACGAAACUACACAAAUUCACGUCAUCUCGAGAAAAAGUGGAAAAAUUGUGAAAACAUUUUUAACAGAAGCUUUUUUCUAUUUGCACAUUAUCAAUCAAUUUGAAACAUUGGAUAAUGAUUAUGUUGUUUUAGAUAUUUGUGCAUAUCGAGAUGCAUCGAUGCUCGAUUGCAUGUAUAUAAAUGCUAUAAAUAGUAUGCAAACAAAUCCCGAUUAUGCAAAUUUAUUUCGAGGAAGACCAUUACGAUUUAUAUUGCCAAUGAAAAAUAUAUCCGAUAAUACAUCAUCAGAGGAAAAUUUAAUAAAAACAGAGACAGUUAAUCAAAGUUUUGUGAAAAAUUUGUCAGAUAAUAAAAUUUCUUUGAAGAAUAAGAAGAAAAAAGGAAAAAAUAGAAAAAAAAGUCUUCUCAAUGGAAAAGCAAGUGCCCAUAAAUUGAUUAAUGGAAAAAUUUUUGUAAACCCAGAACUUUUAUGUGAUCUUGGAUUAGAAACGCCACGCAUAAAUUAUGAUUAUUUUCUUGGUAAAGAGUAUCGUUAUUUUUAUGGUAUAUCGAGUGAUGUCGAUCUGGAUAAUCCAGGAACGAUCAUCAAAGUCGAUAUUUUCAAUAAAACUCGAAAAACAUGGUGUGAAAAAAAUGUCUAUCCAAGUGAACCAAUUUUUGUUCCCUCUCCAGAUGGAAAGAACGAAGACGAUGGUAUUGUUUUAAGUGUCCUGAUAUGGGGACAGGAUCGCGAAACAGAAGUUGGCCUAUUAAUUUUAAAUGCCACUACUUUCGAGGAAAUUGGACGUGCGACGUUUGUUACUUCUGGUCCAGUGCCAAAAUGUCUGCAUGGCUGGUUUAGUUCUAAUAUAUGAAAUUUCCCAAUAAAAUUAAUGCUUAAAAUUUAUCAUUAUAUAUCUCAAAAUUUGUAUUUUUAUAUUCGUGUAAAUUCAAUUUUAUAAAAAUUUUUUUCAAUAAUUUAUUUUCAAUUUGGAGAAAAUUUCAAAAUUACCAAAAAAUGUUACCUCAUUAUAAAAUAUUUUUUAAAAAUAAUUUUCUACUUUUGAUUCACGUUCAUCAAGAAUCUUAUUGUGAUUAUAAUAUAGUCAAUAACAUUUUUUUUUCUUUUUAAUAUAUAAUAUAGUUGUUCGCUAUAUGUAGUUAUUACAGUGAUUUGUAAUUAUUUUUGUGUAAUAAUAUAUUUAAUAUAAAUAAUUCUCUAAAUUGGAAUUAUUUUAAUAAAAUAAAACAUAUAUAUAUAUCUACAUACAAUAAAUUAUAUAUAUACUGUC